UCAAUAUGCGGUCUUCUUCUUCCUACUUCCUAGAACUUGCUGAGCAUUUGCUAUCAUUUCAUCAAUAUCAAUAAAUCAUAAAUCCAUAAUUUCUUUUUUUACACGCACACCCAUAUCCUUUAUUUCUCCAACUUCUAGUUCCCCAUCUUCAAUAAAAUCUCACUCCUCAGAAAAACUUCAUCAAAUCAUUUUGUUGGUUCAAGCAAAACUCUACAUCGAUGGCUCUUGAAACCGAUGGAAGCAGCUUUUCAUUGCGUACCAGUAAAUGGAUUUUCGACGUGUUCCUCAGUUUCAGAGGCGAGGACACCCGCCGCAAUUUUCUGCGUCCUCUGUAUGCCGCUUUAACCCAGAAAGGAAUCCCCACGUUUACAGAUGAGAAAGAACUUGAGAGAGGAAAACCCAUUCCCUCAGAACUCUUGAAAGCCAUUGAAGGGUCAAGGUUUUCAGUGGUCAUUUUUUCAAAAAACUAUGGAUCCUCCAGUUGGUGCUUGGAUGAACUUGCAAAGAUUGUCGAGUGCCAGAAAAAGAUGGGGCAAACGAUUUUUCCUGUUUUCUUUGAUGUUGAUCCGACUGAGGUGCGGAAGCAGAAAGGUAGUUUUCAUGAAGCAUUUGCGAAGCAUGAAGAAGUUUUUAAGGAGAAUUUGGAGAAGGUGAAAACAUGGAGGGCUGCUUUAACAAAAGUUGCCAAUAUCAGUGGGUGGGUUAUACCAAAAGGGCAGGAGUCAGAAUAUAUUAAUGCAAUUGUGGAGAAGAUAUUCGAAAGACUAAGUUCCAUAAAACUAAUUAAGGACUUGGUUGGAAUUGAUUCUCGUGUAUGGGAAGUAUAUUCAGACUUAAAAAUAGGAUUGACCGAUGUCCGUGUAAUUGGGAUAGAUGGGACGGCUGGUAUUGGUAAGACAACUAUUGCACGAGUGGUUUAUGAUAGCUUUUCAAAUCAAUUUGAAGGUAGUAGCUUUCUCCAUACUGUCAGAGAAGAAUCUAAAGUACAUGGUUUAGCUUAUUUGCAAGAACGACUUCUUUGUGACAUUUUGAUGCAAAAAGAUAUAAAAAUAUCCAAUACUUCAGACGGAGUCCAAUUGAUCAGGCGUAGGCUAUGUAAUAAAAAGGUACUUCUGGUUCUUGAUGAUGUAGAUAGUUUGGAGCAGUCAGAAAGUUUGGCUUGCAUGCGUGAUUGCUGUGGUCCGGGAAGUAGAAUUAUCAUCACAACAAGAAAUGAACAUUUGCUUAAGAGACUAAGAGUUGAUGGAAUAUAUAGGCCUAAGGAAUUGAGUAGUGAAGAGGCUCUUCGUCUUUUCAGCUUGGAAUGUUUUCGCAGUGAAUGUCCUCCUGAAGGUUAUAUGGAGAUGUCCAAUCAGGUUGCCAGUUAUGCUCACGGCCUUCCUUUAGCUAUUAAGUUUUUGGGUAGUAGUCUGUUUGACAGAACCAUCCCUGCAUGGAGAAGUUAUUUAGAUAUGCUUGAAAAUAAUUUUCCUGCAGAAAUUUUACGAAUAUUUCAAAUAAGUUUUGAUUCUCUACAAGAAACAGAAAAAGAAAUAUUUCUACAUAUUGCAUGUUUCUUUAAUGGGGAGGACCAAGAUCGUGUAGAAGAAAUAUUAGACUAUCUUAAUCUUUACCCAGCAAUUGGAAUAAGGGUUCUUAUUGAUAAAUCUCUCUUAAGUGUUUCGUCAAACAAUCGGUUGUGGAUGCAUCCUCUAGUACAACAAAUGGGCAGAGAAAUAACUUUUAGAGAGUCCCCUAAAUCUCCUUGGGAACGACGUAGGCUAUGGUUGCAAAAGGACAUUGACCCUGUGCUUACAGACAUUAAGGAAACAACAGCUAUCCAAAGCAUAGUCCUCGACUUGCCUGUACAAAAAGAGGUACAUUGGAAUCCAGAAGCCUUUUCAAAGAUGCAUCAUCUUGUAUUGCUCAAAAUUCACAAUGUGCAACUGCGAAAUGGACUCACACAUUUUCCUAAUGAGUUAAGAGUGAUUGAAUGGAAUGGGUAUCCUUUAAAAUCUUUGCCACCAAAUUUCGAACCAAGGGAGCUUGUUGAACUUAGAAUGUGCCAUAGCAACAUUAAACUACUUUGGAAGGGAGUGAAGCAUUUGGGCAAGUUAAGAUUCAUCAAACUCAGUCACUCUCAAGAUCUUAUUAAGACUCCAGACUUCUCGGAGGCUCCACAGCUUGAGAGCAUAGAUUUUGAAGGCUGUACAAACUUAAUUGAGGUUCACCAAUCUGUUGGUGUACUGAAACGCCUAAUUUUAUUGAACCUAAAAGACUGCACUAGUCUUGUAAGUCUUCCAAGCAAGCUUGAAAUGGAAUCUCUUGAAAAUCUUACUCUUGCUGGUUGCUCCAAAGUCAAGAAAAUUCCAGAAUUUGCAAAAGACAUGGAACGAUUAAGGGAGCUUCAUUUAAGUGGGACUGCAAUUGUAGACCUACCUUCAUCAAUUGAACAUUUAACUGGUCUUACCUUAUUGAAUCUAAGCCAUUGCAGAAAUCUUUUGGGUCUUCCAGGCGCCAUUUAUAGAUUAGAGUCCCUAAAAGAAUUUACUGUAUUUGGAUGCUCAAAAUUAGCUAAGGAUGAUAAUGAGAUUUUACCCACUCGAAAAAGAUCGAUAUGGUUAUUGGCAGAAGAGUUUUUAAGAAGUACAGGACGACGGGUCAGAUCAAGGUUGAUCUGAACAGUCAAACGGACCAUGCAAGCGGUUUUGUUAGAAUUCUCUCUUUCCAUUAAAAAAAGUGUACAUUUUGAACCAUAGUUUUCACUUUUAUAGUUUUUUAUUCCUCCAAAUAUACUAAUUUUAGAUUCCUUCAGUA